AGCUGUUGACAUUUUGUAUUCGUUUGAUUUGGGUAAUAAUAAUUUACAUGUUACCCGUUGAAAGAGCUCUCAAGGGAACAAAUGGGCCAAAUUGGAUAGGGUAAUGGUGAACUGUGAAUGGGAGGCUCUACAGUGGGAUUGUUGGGCUGAAUUUAAGCCCAUGGAGUUCCAAUCUGACCACUGUCCUGUUCUGCUCCACCUCAUCCAAUCUUCUACCAGAGGCCCUAAACCCUUCAAAUUCUUCAACAUGUGGCUUAAACAUGAUUCCUUUGAUAAUACCUUGAAGCAUGUAUGGGACAUGAGGAUUAAUGGUACUAGACAGUUUAGACUCUGCAGAAAACUUAAGUUGCUGAAACAUCCUGUCAAACAUUUGAACAACAAGGAUUUUGCACAUAUCUCUUCCAGGGCUGAGGAGGCUAGAAAAUCCUAUACUGAUCUCAUGGAUAAGCUUUACAAGGACCCUGAUAACUUGGAGCUACUCCAGCUUGUUGCCAUUACCAGGAAGAAAGCCUCUUUCUACUCCGAUGCAGAAAGAUCCUUUUUUCAACAAAAGGUGAAGUGUAACUUUAUUAAUGAAGGGGAUAAAUGCACAAAAUUCUUCCAUGCAAUGGUGAAGAAGCAAAGUGUGUUGAAUGCCAUCCCUGUUUUGAUUACAUCCCAAGUGGAUUGGAAUGUCUUUAAAGAGGGCCCCCUGAUCCAACACCAGGAUGCAACUGAGUUGGUGAGAAAUGUGGAUAGAACUGAAGUUAAAGAAGCCCUAUUCAGCAUUGGUUAUGAUAAGGCCCCAGGCCCUGAUGGUUAUACAGCUGCCUUCUUCAAGAAGAAAUGGGAUAUUGUUGGUGAUACUGUUUUUGAUGCUGUUUCUGAGUUCUUUUUGAGUGGGAGACUCCUUAAGCAGAUUAACCAUGCCUUGGUUGUCCUCAUUCCCAAGAUCAGGGAGAACCCUAGUGCCAAAGAUUAUAGACCCAUAGCCUGUUCUAAUGUGGUCUAUAAAAUAAACAUUAAAAUCCUUUCCAACAGAAUGGCUGGACUGCUUCCUAGCCUCAUUAAUCCUGCCCAGGCUGGUUUUAUUAAGGGCAGGAGCAUUGUGGAUAAUAUUCUUUUGGUACAACACCUGGGAAUUGGCUUCCCUCCCACCUUUGUGAACUGGGUCAUGGAGUGUGUUACCACUGCAUCUUUCUCACUUUCUAUUAAUGGAGGCUUGCAUGGCUUCAUUAAAUGCAAAAGAGGUAUUAGACAGGGUGACCCCAUGGCCCCAACUCUUUGUCUUUUCUGCAUGGAAUACCUCAGAAGGCUGAUCAGGAGAAUGCUCUAUGGGAGCAGAUUCACUUUCCAUAAUAGGUGCUCCAAACUGGGUAUUACUCAUGUUACCUUUGCUGAUGAUGUGAUGAUGUUUUGCAGGGGAAAUGUGGAUUCUGUCAAUGUUUUGGCAAAAGCUAUUAAUAUUUUCUCCCAAGUAUCUGGCUUGCAUGUGAACCCUCUCAAAUCCAAUAUCUUUCUGGCUGGAGAGAUCAAAGACAGGACAGAGGAUAUCCUAGCUUUGUUGCCUUUCCCUCAGGGUAAAUUGCCUGUUAGAUACCUGGGACUCCCUCUUACCUCACAGAGAGCUUCUGAAAGAGACUUUGCCCCACUUGUGAAUAAGGUGGAUGAACAUAUCAGAAAAUGGAAUGCCAAAACCCUGUCAGCUGCUGGAAGAUUGGAACUCAUCAGAUCUGUCACUCAAGGAAUUGAAGGAUUCUGGUUCCAAGCUUUCCCUAUUCAUAAAUCUGUCUUGGAUAGGAUAACCUCCCUUUGUAGAACUUUCCUUUGGGUGAGCAAGUUCUGUAAGGUUGCUUGGGAGGAUAUCUGCAAGCCCAAGGAUGAAGGGGGGCUUGGUUUGAACCAGCCCCGUAUUUGGAAUCAGGCACUUUUGAGCAAGAACCUGUGGAAUAUUGCCUCAAACAAAGAAACUCUGUGGGUGCAAUGGGUUCACUCUGUUUACCUUGAUGGCAAUGACUUUUGGACUUGGAGCCCUGGGAAAAAGGACUCCCAUUUCUUCAAAAAACUGAUUGAAAUCAGGGACAUGCUGCUACUCAAGUGUGGGGACAGAUGGGAACUUGAAAAUCAACUUUGUGAUCAGGGUGAUAUAUCAGUUACCAAGGUGUAUGACUUACUCAGAACCAGGGCAGUGAUGAGACCCUUGAUGAAGGCUAUUUGGAAACCCUACAUCCCACCCAGAUACUCCUUCUGUGCUUGGUUGAUCUUCCGUAACAGGAUUCCUACCAAAACUAGCCUUCAUUUCAUUGCUAUGGAGAAUAGAUUAUGUGAACUUUGCCACAAGGAGGAGGAAACUGGCCAACACCUUUUUUUCAGCUGUGAAACCUCCACACUCAUCUGGAAUGCUGUUAGAUCUUGGCUUGAGAUAGCCCCUGCCCUGUCUUCCCUGGACAGAGCCUUUACUUGGCUAAGGAGACUGAGGAAUAACCAUUGCUCUAAGAGGAAGAUGAAAAGGCUGGCUAUUCUCAGCACAGCCUACCACAUUUGGAGAUUAAGGAAUGGUUAUAUCCCAAUGGUGGUUAAGGCCCCCCCCCCCUUGGAUUUCAUUGAUUGGUCUCCCUGGAUGUUGCUUGUGAUCUUUGUGCUUACCCUUCCUAUCCUUGUUGAGGAUUUGUUGGGCGUUUACCCUGGUGGGAUGCUGGACAGAGGGCUAACACUGGGGUCCCUUGGGUAACUGGUGUUAUCCCUAUGCCCAGUUUCUCUGGGGCUGGAAACAUUUCAAAUGUUAGAAACCCUCUUUGGAGGGUCUCUAACCUUUGUUAUGGGUCCUUGGGGGUGAUUUGGUGGGAAACAAACCAGGCUAUGCUAUCCCCUUCUGGAAUUGUAGAGACUGGCUUGGGUCCAGGGUUUCUCUCUCUCCUGUUUCCCCCCCUCCCCUUCUUUUCUUUCCAUCACCUUCCUUCUACUCCCACUUUUCUAGGAGGCAAGUUAAAUAAUAUGUGCCAAAUCACUCCUUGGAUUUGAUACCUGUUAGCUUACCUUGGCUCCUCUUUGGGUGGUUGG